CCGUAUCAGUCGAGCGGACAGUGGGAAAUCGCUACAGCUGUGGUUUGUUAGCAAGCAUCAAGAUCACAAAAUGAAUGCUACAGUGGUGCUCAACUCGUUCAAUGGAACGAGCAAACUAUAGAUAGAAAACAAUGACACACAUUUCAAGGUAUUGUCCGAACAACAGCCGCGAGGAAAACCACAGACGAUAAAGGAGGAUACGUCUGUCCACUAUUGGUCUCCACCAUUUUGGUUGUCAGUGAUGGAGCACAUCCGGACGCCCAAGGUGGAAAAUGUGCGUCUCCUGGACCGCUCCAAGGGCCAGAGAAAGGCAACCAUUGGGACUCUCUACCUGUCAGCUACACAUUCAAUGUUUAUUGAGAACAACCCUGAGACACGCAAGGAAACAUGGGUUUUACACAGCAUGGUAAGCAGUGUGGAGAGGUUGCCUGCCACACCUGCCGGUAGUCAGCUGAUCUUGCGGUGCAAAGAUUUCAGGAUCUUCCAGCUUCUCAUCCAACAAGAGAAAGAUUGUUGUGAUGUCCACACCUCAUUGUUGAGGUUGUCACGACCAGAAAAGUACAGUGAGCUGUACUGUCUGUCCUUCAAUCCCAAUAUCAACAAGGAGGAGAGACAAGAGUCAUGGAACUUCAUAGACCUCAUGGCCGACUACAAAAGAAUGGGAGUUCCAAAUAACCUCUGGGUUGCUUCAGCAGCCAACAGUGAAUACCAGAUAUGUGAAACAUAUCCAUCAGAGCUAUUUAUUCCAAAGUCUGCUACAUCUUCCGUCAUUGUGGGCAGCUCAAGGUUCAGGAGCCGAGGCAGAUUUCCUGCUCUAUCGUACUUUCACCAGGACACACUGGCUGCAGUUUGCAGGUGUAGUCAACCUCUGUCAGGCUUCAGUGGACGUUGUCAGGAGGAUGAGAUGAUGCUGCAAGCUGUGAUGAAAUCCAACCCUGGAAGUACCUAUAUAUAUGUGGUAGAUACGAGGCCCAAGCUAAAUGCCAUGGCAAACAGAGCGGCUGGUAAAGGCUAUGAGAAUGAGGACCACUACAAUAACAUCAAACUACAUUUUAUUGGCAUAGAAAACAUUCAUGUGAUGAGGAACAGCCAACAGAAAAUUAUUGAUGUAGGCGAAAUGCGAUCCCCAUCAAUGACUGACUUCCUUUGGGGUCUGGAAAACUCUGGUUGGCUGAAACACAUUAAAGCUAUACUAGAUGCUGGAGUCUUUAUUGCUAAGGCGGUGGCUGAUGAAGGGGUCAGUGUGUUAGUCCACUGUUCUGAUGGCUGGGAUCGGACAGCUCAGGCCUGUUCUGUAGCCAGCGUACUUUUGGACCCAUUUUAUCGAACCAUCAAAGGAAUGAUGGUACUGAUAGAAAGAGACUGGGUUUCAUUUGGUCACAAGUUCUCCCACAGGUAUGCCCAUUUGGAUGGUGAUCCGAAAGAGGUGUCUCCGGUUAUUGAUCAGUUCUUGGAAUGUGUGUGGCAGCUGUCUCAGCAGUUUCCAUGUGCCUUUGAGUUUAACGAGUGCUUCCUCAUUGCUAUACACACACACGUUUACUCCUGCCAUUUUGGGACUUUCCUGGGCAACUGUCAGAAGGAACGCAAGGAAAUGAGGCUUCAUGAGCGGAGUCAUUCUGUGUGGCCUCAGUUGUGGAAGGACAGAGCGGAUUUUACUAAUCCACUGUACAAGGCUGAACUGAGUCAAUGUCAGGGUGUCCUGAGACCUAACACCACCCCCUACUGUUUUAAAAUGUGGAAGGGACUCUACAACCACGUGGAGCGGUCGACGCCUCCUUGCCAGUCACCUGCAGACUUCCUGUCUGCUAUGAGGGAGGAGUCCCAGCAACUGGAGAAGGAACUGACCAACCACCAGGAGAGGAUAACUGCGCUAACAGGGAAGCCAAUAAUUUGGGAGAAAGUCGAGGUUAAGAGGAGAACUCGGCACAUCCAGCAGAGACACCGUGGGCCGGACCCACCCUCUACAUACGCAAUCCCGGUCAGCGGCCCCGCACAGGACCCCAGGAGUACAGGAUCAAACAAUCAGAACGCAAAGGGGAAGGACUAUGCUCUCACCCUCCCUCUGGAUCAGUCCGUUCAGGUCAAGCACAUUAAAACAGAUGAUUUUUUCAACUACAGCGACCUGGAAUCAGGCGUGGGUGACCUCAGCAGCCGAUCGUCCAGCGCUGGGGAAGAGGGCAAGGACCCGGAGAUGAUAGAUGGAUUAGCCUUCACUACUGCCUGACUCAAAAUUUCACAAAUAUUUGAUGCUAAAUGAAAGAAGACUGCGAAAGAAGCAAGAGUAACAUUUUAGAAUUUUUUUGUUAAGUUGCAUUUUUUUUUCCGGAAAUGAUUGUUUUUUAAUUAUUUAAGAGUCGAAUAGCUUUUUUAUAUUCAAAAACUGUGUGCUAUUUCACUGUCAUUUGUACUUUAAGAAACGCACUUUUACUGUGUUGCAGUUUGUUUUAUAUUUUUCGCAAGCCGAUUGAAAUAUCGCAUGAUAAAAACCUUGAGCGCUUUUUACAUUAUCAUGAGGCUGUCAUUGCUGCUUCAUUAACCCUUAGAUGCACAAGUGACUGAACCCUACACUCUUUCAUUACUGGGUCAAAAAAUACCCAUGUUAGAAUCAAUGUGUUUUUAUGGCAUUUCAAUGAAAUAUAAUCACUUUUAUAGUAUUUAGGGCCACACAAGAAUGAUUUCAUGUUUGAAAUAUCUUUCACUAAACAUUUUUGAAAAGGAACAUUUCAUCCCAGAACCAUUUUCAGCUGUGUAUCUAGCAGCCAUUGACACAUUGGACAAGGAAACAUAAGAGUAAUGUUUUUAAUAGAUCAAUAUGUAGCUACAAAAGUAAACACACACACUACAUAUCCAGGAAUGUUAGCUAACUUAGGUAGCUAGUUAUGAAGUAGGCUAAUUUGUUGAUUUAAAAAAAUGUCAUGAAAGACACCCACAAAAUACUAUAUGAAGAUAAUCACAGUACAUGUUUACAUCAGGUUUUGCUGUGUAAAAUAAUCUACACCUAUAUACCUAGUCUGUGUGGUCCACAGUUAAUUUAUUCCUGACAAAGUUGCUAAGAAUCAAAGGUUCCCAUUGGAUUCCAUUGAAAAUACAUUAGUUAUUUUUGACCCACUUAUGGAAGCUUGGGGUAGGAAUACAAACAUGACAAUUUCUUAAGUAUAAAAGGUUUGUUAAAAAUGAAUGGCAUUAUAUCAAAAACGUUUUUUGAGGAAUACCUGGAAUAUGAGUUGAUAAACAAUUUUUCAUAUGAAAAUAUUUCAAAACCAACAGGUUAUUUUUCAGCCACUUAUACAUCUAAGGGCUAAUGAUUUUAUUUACAUCACUACUGUAAUCAUGUCAUAGUCAUAGAAGAUAAUGGCCUGUUUUGGGAAAUGGAGUCAGAAUUCAGAGAUGUGCUUUUUUUUGUGAUGCAGAGAAAUCUUGUUUUGGUUAUCUUCAACAUAGCUAAAGGGGAAAUUAUUGAAACAUUUAUCAUGGAAGUAUUUACAUCUGAAAGAACACAGACCUGAAACCAUGUUUUUUUUUGUGUGUGCAUUGUAGGAAUCACUGUAAAUAUGAGGGGAUCGGCUUGUUAAACAACACUGGAGGUCUUAUAGUCUGUAUUAGAGGUCGACCGUAUGGGAUUUUCAAAUACCGAUACUGGUAUCUACAAAAAUUUUCAGCCGAUUGCCAAUAUACCUUUUUUUUUUUUUUUUUUUUUUUUUUUUUAAGAUAACGAAAGGCAAUUAAAAAGGCUUCAGCAGCUUCAGAUUUACAAUGAUAACCUGAGACUUAAAGGUAUAAUCGGGUGUCAUGCUACCAAACCAACAAACGCAGCACUUAUACACAGCAAGAACAGUACAUUGUUUUUAAAUAAUUAAACCCACCAGGACGUCACAACGAGGUGUAAACAAGUGAGAGUUUAAGUGUCAAUGUUAAGGCUACAAGUUACAUUUAGAGUGUAAGGAUCACUCCGUAAACACCUUAAAAGACUAAAGCAACAUUGUAUAUUCUCUCAUGUAAGAUACAAAAUGUAUAUAAUUACCAAACGUGCAAGCCUUCAAACUGCUGCGUGGUCCUUCCAGGGUCCUACGGCGGCCACAGUUGCCUACACAGACGCUUGAUCAAAAUCCUUUAUCGGCUGACGGCCAAUGUUGGAAAAAGUCCAUAUAUCGGUAGACAUCUACUUUUUACCUUAUGAGGCUGCUGUUGCUAGGUCAUUAAUGAAUGAUUUCAUUUAAAUAGCUACUGUCAUAAGAUAGUAGCAUACUAGCAAUCAAAUGGAAAUCAAAGUUGUUUCUUUGUGGUGCAGAGAAAUCUUGUGUUAUCAUUUUCUUCAUCUAAGAAACAUCGCUAAAGGGGACAUUAUUGAAACAGAAACAUGUCAAACAUUUAUCAUGUAAGUAUUUACAUCGGAAAGAACACUGGCCUGAAACCAUGUUUUUUUUUUUGUGUGUGUAUUGUAGGAAUAGCUGUCAGUAAAUUAGAGGGGAUGGGCUUGUAAAACAACACUGGAGGUCUUACAGUCGGAAUUAGAGGUCGACCGAUAUCUAAAAAAAUUUCAGCCGAUUGCAGAUAGUCCCCCCCCCAAAUAAUUCAACCCACCAGGACGUCACGACAAGAUGUAAACAAGUGAGAGUUUUAAGAGGAUGCUCACAAUGCUAAAGCUAAUGCUAACGUGAAUGUUACACUAACGCUACAAGUUAAAUUUAGAGUGUAAGGAUCGCUCAGUAAACACAUUUAAAAGCCAAAGCAACGUUGCAUAUUCUUUCAUGAAAGAUAAAGAAAAAUCUUGCAUUAUUUACAAAACAGGCAAGCCUGAAGCUUCCUGUAGCAGCCUGCCUUCAAGCUGCUGCAGGGUCCUUCCGGAAUCCUACCGUCAGUCAGCGGAUGCCACAGUUGCCCAAACAGAUGCCUAAUCAAAAUCCUUUUUUAAUUAUUGUUUUUGUUAAUCAGCUGAUGGCAAAUGUUGGAAAAAAGUCCAUAUAUCGGCCGGCAGAUAUAUAGUUCAACCUCUAGACUGAAUGCGGGUAUACUUUGACGCAAUCUUGAACAAGAACAAAAUGUGAAUACUGUAUUGUUUACAUCAACAGCCGAUUAUAACAUGCUUUUAUCCUAUUUCAUUUUGUGCAAUAUAAUUUAUUUUUUCUGUGAACUAUGUUCUCAGAUUAUACUAUAAUUUAUUCAGUUUUCAAGGUAUUACUGUAAUUUUUGAAAUUUAAAUGUUUCUUUUUUUUGCCUCUGCUCCCUUCAUUCUUGAAUUUUGAGUUGCAGUUCUAUCAUCCUUGUCUUUGUACUGUUAAAGUAGUGUGUAUUUUGUGUGCAAGUCGAGCAUUAUAAGGCAUUUGAUAUCUUUAUUUUUUUAUUUUUUUUUUAACUGUGAUAAGGGAUGACUAUGGUUUGGCUGGUGGGCUCAGCUAUAGAAAGCACUGCUGUAUUCCUCAAACAAAUGCAAAGUCACGUAGGACCAGUUUUCCAGCAGUAUUCAUGCCUGGAAUAAAGCAAAAAGUGCGAACAAGGUCCAUAAAAUACCAGCUGAGCACAAUUUUCGUACAUUUCACAACAAUGUAAAAUACUGUAAAUUUGGGGUUAAAUUUUGAUUUAGGACAAAAUAGUGUAAAACGAACAUCAGUGUCAUUUCCACCUUACGCCAUAUUAUGCUGUCGCGUGGGGUGUGUGUGUGUGAUCUUUAUUAAUGCUAAAAUCAAUAAACUAUUUCAG